AUGUUUUAUUCUCGAGCUUAUAAAAAUAUAAUUGAUUAUUUUUCUGGUCAAGUUAUUCUUUGUGCAUUUAUCGCAUGGAUUCCAGCUUUAAUUCUUCUUCUGCAUCAUUGGUUUGACAUAUUUACAUUACGUCUCUGUCGUUUUCAUUAUGUCAUAUUAUCAACGAAUGAAACAGUACCACUUUUUUUUGUACUUUAUAUGAUUCUUGAUCGAUUUCUUUAUGCACAUCCAUCAUUAAAACAUUAUUGUACACGAUAUUCUUCAAUGUAUUUUAUUCAUUUUUAUACAGUUUUUACUUGGCUUUUUAUUAUGCUUCUUUACACAUUGGCUUCACCAUUCUAUCAACGAAAUUCAAAAUUACUCUAUUCAGCUUAUACAACUAAAUAUUGUUUAUAUAAUUAUUCAAAAUUACAUAUACUUGCAACAACACGUUCAAUAAUUUAUUUUAUUACGUUUAUUCCAGCAUUAUUAGCAAUUGGUUUUGUACUUCGAUAUUUUUAUCUUAUGCGCGGUACAAAUCAAAUACCACCCAUUGAAAAAUUAUGGACAAUACGUGUAACAGCAUUACUUUGUAUACUUGUUUUUUAUGAUAUAUAUUUAUAUUAUCUUGAACAUAUAGCUGAAACAUUUAAAUCCUUUCUAUUAGCAUCAUUAUUACGUGCAAGUUUUUAUUUAACACAAUUAUUUAUAAUUGCUUGUACUGAACCAUAUUGGCUUGAAAUUUUAUUAGAACGAUGUGCAUGUAUAUGUUGUUAUAUAACAGGACGAAAACGAAAAACAACAAUAGCAUCUAUAACAGUACCAACAGAAACAGAAUUUCAAACUGUACCAUAUUCAUCAUCGACAGGACAUUAUUCACUUGUUGACGAUAGUAUUGAUGAUGAAUUUGAUCAAGCAACAAGUGGACCACAACCUACAUUACGUGUUGUGACAUAA